AUGGCGGACUGGACCGCCGCCAGCGGAAAUGAGACGUGGUACGGCAACGCGACGUCGCCGACGUCUGACACGUCACUGCGCGACCUGGCGGCGGGUUACGACGCUGACCUGCUCACCUUCUGGCUCUACCACAUCUGCGCUCCCGUCGUCGUCGCCCUGGGACUCGUCGGCAACACGCUCAACCUGGCCGUGCUCUGGUGCAGUAAGGACCUCGUCUUCGUACCGUACGUGUACCUGCGCGCGCUCGCGAUAGCCGACUUCUGCGCGAUGCCCGUCUACAGCGCAUACCUGUUCUUCGCGCUGUCGCCGACCGCGUCCGAGCGCGUUCCCGCCGUCGCGCUCUACCUCGCGCACGCGCACAUGCCCAUCUUCAACUCGCUGAUGGGGGCCAGCAGCCUGCUCGUGAUGGCCGUGACGCUGGACCGCUGGUGGGCGAUCUGCCACCCGCUGCGCGCGCUCUCCUGGCGCACGCCGCGCGUCGUCGCCGCCGCCUCCGCGGGGUUGUUCGCCGCCGCCUUCCUCAUUCACGUGCCCGAGUGCUUCCAGUACCGCGUCGUCGCGCUCGGCGGCGUCGGCGGCGCCAACACGACGCUCUACGUGCUGCAGUGGAACCACGAACUGCACGAGAGCGUCUGGUACGGCGUCGUGUGGCCGUGGUGCGAGGCGAUCGUCUGCCGCGUGCUGCCCGUCGUCUGCGUGAUCGUGCUCAACCCGCUCAUACUGCGCGCCUUCCGCGCCGGCCUGCGCAACCGCAAGACCCUCUCGCCGACCAUCUCCGCGCGCAAGGAGCGACGCGAGCGCGCCGAGCAGCGCCACCUGGCGGCGCUGCUCACCAUGCUGUCGGCGACGUUCGUCGUCUGCACGGUGCCGAUGACGACGUUGACGCUGGUGGACCGCAUGGUGCCGCAGGAGCGGCGCGAGCGAUUCGCCUUCUACCCCGGCCUCAGCCACGUCGCGAACAUCGUCGAACUCGUCAACGUCUCCGUCAACUUCUACCUGUACAGCGUCAGCAACACGAACUUCCGCAAGGCGUGCCUGAGCGUGUUCGCCCCCUGGUGUCGGCCGCUGCGCGGGUUCGCGCGCCGCCCGACGUUCACGUCGAGCGACCGACGCAGCGGCAGCAUGGUGUCGCACGUCAGCGUCAGCCGCACCGACACGACCGCCAGGGGGCGCCAAUCGGUGGUAGCGGCGUCGCUGCGGCAGAAGGCGGUCGCCGACGGUGGCGCCCCGCCGUUGGCGAUCGAGUCUUACUGCUGA